AUGAAUCAAUUUCAACAAACGUUUAAGUGCGAAAGUUCCCCACUGGGUAGUUUGUUUGCAAACGUUUCGUUGAUCUCGGGAAAAAUAUUUCCUAUUUUUAUUAAAGGAAAGAAAGAAAACAAUAAAUUAAGAGUAGAAUAUUCUUCGUCUGAAAUGCGUCAGCAAAUUACGGAACAAGUGUCCGCUAAGUAA